AGAGCUGCCUUUUCUGGUUGGAUUGCUGCAUGGAUAUUAAGAACUGACUCUAGAACAGCAGUUUGUCUCCGUAUUGUAAACUCAUAUAACCGGCGCUUCCUCGUCACAGAAGCGGUUCUGUCAAGGUCCGAACAUGGCCAUGAGUGUUUUAUACCACAACGUUAAACUCUUACAGAAAUGUACCCUGACCCAAACUGUCAGACUCGCACACGAUGUUUUACGGAGAGAAACGGGACUGAAACACACACUGUCCCCGCGGAGACAUCACUGCUGCCUGGUGAAUGUGAGUGAGUGGUUCACCUGCAGAGCAGCUCGGCAGCUGCAUCAACACUCCUCAAGAACCUUCUCCUCAAUACCUCCACCACCUCCAUCACCUUCAUCACCUUCAUCCCGGGAUAAGAAGAAGAAAACUGGGCCUGUGACGUGGAAAUCUUUAGCGAUAACAUUUGCUAUUGGAGGCACUCUGCUUGGAGCGAUGAAAUACUUAAAGAAAGAAAAGGAGGAAUUGAUCGAAAAAGAGCGGAAUAAGUCGAUCGGUCGGCCGGCGCUGGGAGGUCCGUUCUCGCUCGUCGAUCACAACAACAAGCCCACUAAGAGCGAGGACUUCCUCGGCCAGUGGGUCCUCAUCUACUUUGGCUUUACUCACUGCCCCGACAUCUGCCCGGACGAGAUCGAGAAAAUGAUUGAAGUGGUGGAUGACAUCGAUAAAAUAAAGUCUCUUCCAAACCUGACGCCGCUCCUCAUCACCAUCGACCCUCACAGGGACACGGCAGACGCCAUGGCUGCUUAUGUGAAAGAGUUUUCCCCGAAGCUGAUUGGCCUGACGGGGACUUUGCCUCAGAUCGAGCAGGUUUCCAGAGCCUUCAGAGUUUACUACAGUCAGGGACCAAAGGACGAAGACGACGACUACAUCGUCGAUCACACCAUCAUCAUGUACCUGGUGGGACCCGACGGAGAGUUUGUGGAGUAUUUUGGACAAAACAAAAGAAAUGUGGAGAUCACCAACUCAAUAGCAGCGUACAUGAGGAAGUACAAGAAGGCAAAGGGAUCAGCAGCCCAGUGAGGGCCCACGAGGGCCCAGUGAGGCCCCACGAGGGCCCAGUGAGGCCCCACGAGGGCCCAGUGAGGCCCCACGAGGGCCCAGUGAGGGUCCACGAGGGCCCACGAGGGCCUGACAGUUCUCAGCUGUUGGUGGGACAUCUUGUGUUGGCUCCUUGUAUUUAUUUUGAAGCUGCUGUUGUACAAAGAUAAUGGAGCUGCGGUACAUUCCCUGCAGUGAGUGGUGUGAAGUAGACGUAAAAUAUUUAAUUACGGGUGUCACGAUACCAGAAGUUAGUAGUCAAUAACAAAUACCUGUGAAAUUCCACGUUAAACAAACUAAAAACUGAAUCCCAUGUACUUGCACACACUCCUUUUUAUUACUUUUGCGUUCUGGUUUUUGUAAGGAAGUUAAACGUGUCAUAUUCCCUCAAACAUCUAUUUUAAAUGGCUGUCAAACAUUCAACUUUCUCACCAAAAACGUUUUACAAGAUUACAUUUGAACACAUCGUUAUAAUUUAACUUCUUCCAAUUCAUCAUUUUUACUGAGUAGUGCUUGAACGCACCAUAAUGCAACUCUAUGGAACCCCUGUUCACCGGCUGCUAACGGUAGCUAGCUCUCCUGCUGAUAUGUGGCGUUCACGUGCCGUGGUCUCUGACGGUACCUGUGCGACUGAAGAAAUCGACUUGGUACCAAAGUGUCUGGUCUCGUGACGCCCCUUCAUUUCAUGACGCUGCUGAAGGCUUCCGGUGCCCCCUGCUUACACAACAAAUGCUCAUCAGCUCCAUUGAGCUCCAUCUCUGACUUCUGAUGCACAGAAUGAGGAAAUACCUGAUUCAUGUUUGAUUGUGUGAUAAAAACUUACCACGCCUUUUCA